AUGUUCUUUAAUUCCAGAGCCCCCAUGGCUAUUCGCAAUGUUCAAAGAAACUACGCCACUUUGAGGGAAAUCGAAACCAGAUUGAAAUCUAUUAAAAACAUUGAAAAGAUCACCAAGACGAUGAAGGUUGUGGCUUCUACAAGAUUGUCCAAGGCGGAAAGAGCAAAAAAGAGUGCCAGAAAGUACUCCCAAACCGAUUCGGAAUUUUACAAGAAUGCUGAAACUACUCUACAGGAAAGCAGUGAACCAAAGGACUUACUCAUCGCUAUUACCUCUGACAAAGGUUUAUGUGGUUCCAUUCAUUCCCAAUUGGCAAAGAGUGUCAGAGCUCAGUUAUCUGAGACGCCAGAUGCAGAUGUCGUUACAAUUGGGGACAAGGUCAGGAAUCAGCUUGUGAGAUCCCAUGCUCAAAAUUUGAAGUUGUCGUUCAAUGGUGUAGGUAAGGAAGCUCCAACGUUUGAGGAGUCUUCUUUGAUUGCCGACAAGAUAUUGCAAAACGGUGUUGAUAAGUAUUCUAGAAUUAUGGUUUUCUAUAACUCUCCAAUUUCCUCUUUGUCCUUUGAGCCAUCUAAAAAGCCUGUCUAUAACGCUGAAACAAUCGAGCAAUCUCCUGCUCUUUCCAAAUAUGAGGUCGAUUCCGAUGCUGAAGUCUCACAAGAUUUAUUUGAAUUCACGUUGGCGAACCAAAUUUUGUCAGCUAUGGCUGAUGGUUACUCUGCGGAGAUUUCUGCAAGGAGAAAUGCAAUGGACAAUGCCUCCAAGAAUGCUGGUGAUAUGAUUAACAAAUACUCUAUUCUAUACAACAGAACCAGACAAGCUGUUAUUACUAACGAGUUGGUUGAUAUCAUUACUGGUGCAUCAUCUUUGGAUUAG